CCCAACUUCGGCCUCCACGGGUCUUGCGUCCUUAUCACCCGUCCUCGGUACACGUCUUGGCUGUGGGCGCUGGACCCGGACCGCGUGCGCUCCCCCAGGGCGGAGCCCGCGCAGCCGCGGCGCUUCCGCUGCGCCGUGGGGCUCGCGGCGGUGAACAGGACGGUGCAGGGGGCGUGGGCAAGCACCAAGAAGCAGGCAGAGCGCGAUGCGGCACGCCUGGCGCUGGCCUUCCUGGGCCAGGCCGUCGGCGGCUCCGGCCCGCGGAGCGCGCCGGCGGCCUCGGGCGGCCCGCGGGGUCCGCCCGAGAAUCCCAAGGGCCGCCUCCUGGAGCUGGCCGAGGAGCUCUGGCCGGGCAGCGGCGCGCGCUUCUGGGAGUCCCCGGCUCGGCCGCGGGCCGAGGGCGGCGAGGAGUUCCAGAGCUCCGUCGAGCUGCUGACGCUGGGCAGGUCAUUCACGGGCGGCUGGUUCCGAUCGAAGCAGGACGCCAGGCACGAUGCGGCGCGCCUCGCCCUGGAGGCGCUCGGAGCCGCGGGUGCGCGGCCUGCACGGCGGCAGGUGAGCAUGCUGUUGGAGUGGCUCCGAAAGAAUCUGCCCACCGUGCGGUUCGAUGUGGAAGCCAUAACGGAUCACAGACCGGCCGAGGCCAUUCAGACGACGGAUCGCUCUCCUCCGCCAUCUGCUUCUCCGGCACAAGCAGACGUACCAGUUGAGGCUGUUGUUGUUGCAGACGCCUUCGGAAAUCCUGAGGAGUUACGCAUCCAGCCGGGCGAAGAGGAACGGCCUCGUGAUACCGAAAGGGAUCUUCGUCGUCUACCCCCGCCCCCCCGUCCCCCAUCCUCGCCGUCUCAGAGAACAGGUAGCUUCAGAAGACCUGUCGACAAUGAAGCGUUUGGUAACGCGGCACAGGACGCGAAGGACGAUCCCGUUUAUUCGCGUGCGCAUAGGGCGCAUCAGAAUGGUUUUCUCGGCGAGGUUGCUCGCACAAUUUCGAACCAGGCGGGAUUCAUAACUUUGGCUGAAAGUCGCAGGCCUUCCAGCCGUUGCAAGCGCGACGCAGACACCUUGAGGUAUCUUCUGCAUACAGUACAAAUGCUGUCAAUGAAAAUGUGGGAAGUCGAUGAAUCAAAGGUCUGGUUCGACACGAUUGGUUCUGUUGCUCUUGAUAUCGAUAUCAUAGGCAGCGAUGUUGAUUACAGUCUGACGGUGGAAGGUCGAAGCGCGUACGAGCCCGAAAUACUGGAUCUCGCAAAGCAGUUGAACAGCACGAGGUCGGAGUGGGAAGGAAGGGUCGAGCUCGUGCUUGGCUUCAUCAUCGUUGUGCACUUGCCUUCUCAUCCAGUGGACAUCGUGUUCACGAACGGGCCUGCUGAGUACGACGUGGUCCCCUUCCGAAGCGUGUUCAGGCCGCGCACAGAGCUGUCCCGGGCUGAGUUGCUGGCAGAGAUGAACACAACCCUCAGUUGGCGCGGAGGGGGUGCGAAGAAUGCCGUGCGCAUCGCCAAGAGCCUGUUUGUCCCUCUUGCGCGGCAAGUGGCACCAAGCUCUAAGUUGCCUUGGGGGUUUCUCAUAUCACUCAUCAUGUGUACGCUCGCCAACCGCGCGCGCAAGAGUAACGAUCCUCAAGAGAAGGCCUCUGCAAAUGCAGAUUAUUCUGGCUUGAAUUUGUUUCGAAAGUUCGUAAAUGAAGCCAGUGGAUAUGAAACUCUCGACCGAGCAUCACCAUUCACGGUGGCCGAGCAGUGGUCCAAGAACACAGACGCAGGCGACGCCAUUGGCAUCGUGUUCAGGAGGUGGAGGGAGGAGGCCGACGAUCUGAAGCAGCUGACGCGGCGCGACCUAAAUACCCACUGGUAG